UCUUUGCACAUUAGCGCGAGUCUACCGAUGACCUGGAGUGACAUGCACGUCUCCUUUUUCCCUUCUUCCUUCUCCCCAACCAUACGCUCGGUGUGCCUGCCUUGUUGUCCCAAUGAGGAACGUGGUUUUGGUGUCUGUAACCCACCAGUGCGCCCGCCUCAUUGUCUCUGAACCCAAAAAAGUUGAAAACGACGAGGGGUGGGAAAUCCGAAAAGUGUGGGAAAAUGCAAAAAGUUUCCACCGGCGGCCGGCCCAGUACCACCCCCCGGAGGAAAAGCAAACGUUGACUUGCAGGAAAGGGGCCCAGACUGAUGGGCAAUCAAGGCAAGGCCAGCGCUGCUGCAACUGCAAGGGGCGGGAGGGCGGCAGGACGGCAGUGAGCCUGUGCAGAAAUGCGACAAUGGGCCCAUGGAGAAAAAGUUGGAGAAGGGGGCAACGGGGGAAAGGUCCGGUACCAUAGUCAGCACAGCUUGGUUCAGUCCAGACUAUACUCCGUACACUUCAGACCAGG